CGAGCCGCCGGCACCCGGCUGCGGACAGAGCCGGCGGAGAGCGCCGGCCCCGCGGGCAGCGCCCGCAGCACCAGCAUAUUUCCAGAAAGUGCCUCAAGGAAGCUUCCUUAUGUAGAAAAACCCCACAAGAAGCACAGUGUGCGCUUCCUGGCAACUUGUGAAGCAAAGCUGUCACAAUGGCAGAAAACAAGGACAGCAGUGCGAAAAACGCGGAUGUGAGGCCCAAAAGCAGCCGGAGCAGAAGUGCAGACAGAAAGGAUGGAUAUGUCUGGAGUGGGAAGAAACUCUCCUGGUCCAAGAAAAGUGAGCACUGUCCUGAUGUUGAAACAGCAAAUGCUGCAGGAAGGUCAGGGACUAAUUUAAGGAGCCAAGAGAGGAAGUACAGCUGCUCAUCCAUCGAGCUGGAUCUAGACCGGUCCUGUGGCCACAGGUUUUUGGGCCGGUCUCUCAAACAGAAGCUGCAGGAUGCUGUGGGUCAGUGCUUUCCCAUAAAGAACUGCAGCAGCCGGCACGCCUCCAGUCUGCCAUCCAAAAGGAAAAUCCAUAUCAGCGAGCUGAUGCUGGAUAAGUGUCCUUUCCCUCCGCGCUCGGAGCUGGCUUUCCGGUGGCACUUGAUCAAAAGGCACACGGCCCCUGUAAGUCCAAAGGCAGAAGAGUGGAUAAUUGCUGAUUUAUCCCAGCACGAGGAAAGGGAGGAUCAGCUGCGAGACGAGGACGUUGCCAACGGGGGAAUGGACUCUCCCUCCCCAUCCUGUGACUUCACGGACAGCAGUUCCUCUCGGGGUGAGCCGAGGCCUGAGCUGGUGACAGGUAAGGUGGCAAGGAGCAGUAGAGAUGAGAGCGACAUGGACUCCGAUGAUGAAGUCAUAACUCUGUGCACAAGUUCUCGAAAACGAAACAAGCCCAAGUGGGAAACGGAUGACGAGCUGCUACGGAUGGAAACGCCCCCGAAAUACCACACCCAGAUCGAUUAUGUCCACUGCCUAGUGCCAGACCUCCUCCAGAUCAACAACAAUCCCUGCUACUGGGGAGUCAUGGAUAAAUACGCAGCUGAGGCGCUUCUGGAAGGAAAGCCAGAGGGAACGUUUCUGUUGAGAGACUCUGCCCAGGAGGACUAUUUGUUCUCCGUGAGCUUCAGGCGCUACAGUCGCUCCCUCCACGCCCGGAUAGAGCAGUGGAAUCACAACUUCAGCUUUGAUGCCCAUGAUCCCUGUGUCUUCCAUUCUCCUGACAUCACAGGACUCCUAGAACACUACAAAGAUCCGAGUUCCUGUAUGUUCUUUGAACCACUUUUAUCCACUCCCCUGAACAGGACCUUUCCCUUCUCUCUCCAGCAUAUAUGUAGAACGGUCAUUUGCAACUGUACAACUUACGAUGGUAUCGAUGCACUUCCCAUUCCUCCCUCGGUGAAGCUGUAUCUGAAGGAAUAUCAUUAUAAGUCAAAAGUUAGAGUGCUCAGGAUUGAUGUACCAGAGCAGCAAAGCUAGAAAAUAUUUUUGUGAAAGAAAUUUUCUCUGAACAGACAAUAGUAUGUUCAAUCUCUUUUCCUUCUAGGUUUUUUGGGAUUUUUUUUAAUAGCAACUUAUUUUUUUCCUUUUUCUGCAUAUUAUUUACCACCCAAACUAGUCUCUGUUUAAAUGUACUUUUGAGUCUUCACAGCUCUCUUUUUUAGAAAUUAUAUUCAUUGUGGGCUUUUGGAACAGUCCCUAGGUUAGAGUUUUACGGAAUUCCAGGUAGGCUUUCUGGUAUUUCUAUAGAUGGAUAGUCGUUAGAUCUAAAACCCCCUGAAAAUCAGUUUUGAACUUGAUCUGUCUUUUCUAUUGUAGUUGACACGUGUUGCUGACAUGAUUUAAAUAAUUCACUGUUAACUAAAGAUUGACUCAUCUGUAUUUUCUGCAUUUCUUUUAAAAUGAGUGCUCUAGC